ACACGAUGUACCUAGCUUGUCAGCGAUCGCGAUUUUUGUAUGUGGGAAUCAUAUACGUUUGGUGUCAUAUACUCCUGAGCAUGGUGCAGGUAACAAAUACAUGUAUGCCGGAUCUUCAUUAUGGAAAACACCUCGAUGGAUCAACCUUUAAGAUCAUUGAGAAGUCCUCUCUGUUUUCCUGUGCGGCUGAAUGUGUUUCCUAUGGAAUAUGCAAAUCUUUCAAUUUGGAAUUAGACCGGAGGGUGUGUCAUCUGAAUGGUUUAGAUGACGUCCAGUAUUUGGAAGGAGGAGGAAACGAUCUGAAUUUCAUUUACAGUUCAAUUGAUAGUUGGAACAAGACAGCACUUGGUCCAUGUCACGAGAACCCAUGCGGAUACACAGAGAGAUGCAAUAUCAAGAGAAAUGGCAUCGUGCAUUGUGGUGAAUUUCUGCCUAAUAUUGCCAAGAAUAAGCCAACAAAAGCAAGUUCUGUUGCAUUCCACCAGCCAGGUGUUGCAGUGGACGGGGAUAUGUCAGCAAAGUGGUCUUCUGAAUCCUGUUUUCAUGUCGACUACAAUGAUUUCUCUCCAUGGUGGCAGGUGAACCUGCUGGACACAUAUAUCAUCGUAGAAGUUCGCGUCACUAGCAGAGAAGGCUGUUGUCCUGAGCGUCUUCAUGACUUUGCUCUGGACGUGUACCAAGGCGAUCCUGUGUUUAACCUUAAUGUCAGUUCCCAGUUGUGUUACAUGUACAACGGAGCCGUCACACAGCAUGGCAAAACUGUUGUCAUUCAGUGCAAGUCAUUCGUAAUUGGCCGCUAUCUGAGAAUUCGUGGAACGAAAACCAAAAAACGGCAACGAUGUUCUGCAGUUUUGUGAGGUCCAGGUGUUUGGCUACAAGGUUAUACAAUGGUAAUUCUGGAGACAUGAUAUAAACAUGAGGACUAUUUGUAAAAUAAGUAGCGGUAUACUUUCCGCUUCCAGUUGUUUCACUUACAAAUGUACUUUACCAUGACAACAACGUGUGUCGGAUUGAUGACCUAUACGAUGGAUAGCGUUUACAUUAUGCUCUGUAUAUAUCUCUCCGUCUUCAAUAUUUCCCAAAACUGAUUUUCAAGUUCUAUUUGAACAGCUGCCGAAACCAUGUAUUAUCAUGGGAGAUUUCAAUGGCC